GCCGGGAAGCUGCUGUCAUGGUGGCUCCCGUGGUGUACCUGGUAGCAGCAGCUCUGCUCGUUGGUCUUAUCCUCUUCCUGACUCGCAGCCGAGGCCGGGCGGCGGCAGCUGCCCAAGAGCCACAGCACAAUGAAGAGGAGCCAGGUGUAGCAGGCCAAGAGGCCCAGCCUGGGCGCCUAGAGCCUGGGGAGCAGAGAACUGAGGGCAGACCCCGGCGCCGGAGGGACCUGGGCAGCCGCCUGCUGGCCCAGCGUCGAGCCCAGCGGGUGGCCCAGGCAGAGGUGGAUGAGAAUGAGGAAGAGGCAGUCAUCCCAGCCCAGGGAGAAGAAGACAUUGAGAAGCCAGUGGAAAGUCACCUGUCAGGGAAAAUUGGAGCCAAGAAACUGCGGAAGCUAGAGGAGAAACAAGCGCGAAAAGCCCAGCGUGAGGCAGAGGAGGCGGAGCGUGAGGAACGGAAGCGCCUGGAGUCCCAGCGUGAGGCAGAGUGGAGGAAGGAGGAGGAGCGGCUUCGCCUAGAGGAGGAGCAGAAGGAGGAGGAAGAGAGGAAGGCCCGGGAGGAGCAGGCCCAGCGGGAGCAUGAGGAGUACCUGAAACUGAAGGAGGCUUUUGUGGUGGAGGAGGAGGGCGUGAGUGAGACCAUGACAGAGGAACAGUCCCACAGCUUCCUGACAGACUUCAUCAAUUACAUUAAGCAGUCCAAGGUGGUGCUCUUGGAAGACCUGGCUUCCCAUGUGGGCCUGCGGACUCAGGACACCAUAAGCCGCAUCCAGGAUCUGCUGGCUGAGGGGACUCUGACAGGUGUGAUUGACGACCGGGGCAAGUUCAUCUACAUAACCCCAGAGGAACUGGCUGCCGUGGCCAACUUCAUCCGCCAGCGGGGCCGGGUGUCCAUCACUGAGCUUGCCCAGGCCAGCAACUCCCUCAUUGCCUGGGGCCAAGAGCCCUGUGCCCAGGCCUCAGCCUGACCCUAAUCUUUCCAUCUUGUACUCUGAGCUGGCUUGGGCCAACCUAGCCAGUCAUCUUCCUCCUUCCCCACUGUCCCAGGGCGGUGACGGAAAGUAGCCGGGCGGUUACAGAUUAAAGGCCCAUGAGCACUGCUGAGCUUGGUGUGGCUUGGUGUGGCAGAGCCUGUCCUGGGAUCUCAGACAAGCAGGUAUAAUCUGGGCCUCCACAUACAUCCAAGAGGAGAGGAGGGUUCUUGGUGAGAGAUAGGAAGUCCCAUUUUCAUCAUGCAUUCAUUCACUCAGAAGAAAA